GUGUGUACAGGCGACACCCCCGUGUGUAAAGAACAGAAGUGUCUCCUGUAAGUUCGUUACUAAGGCAACCACAGGACGUCAGUUGCCCCCCCUUAAAUCAGGAUGGAUGGCGCAGCGGUGGAAAACCUCAUAGACUUCGAUAUGCCCUCGAGUUCGGAGGAUACAGCGGCUCCUGCUGCCGGUCCUCCCGACAGCUCUGACAUUUUCUCCUCUGAGCCUCUCGUCUCAGAGGCGGCACUUGCACCCCCCAUGGAGCCCCUCCUACCGGAGCCAAUCGCCCCAACGCCGGCCGAACACGGGGAGAGGGGACACGGGGCCAAUGACAGCGACGCCACAGAGUCAGCAGACAGUGAGAACGAAAACUCUGAUUCACACUCACAGCCCUGGAGCUCCCGUCGAUCAUCCUCCUCGUCCAAUCACAGCGCAGAGGGGGCGGAUGUGGCCGAACGGCGGGAGUUCAUGAAGGCCUACGUGGAGAAACUCUUCCACGGCAGGGAGGACUUUGAUCAGGAGGAGAAAGCUCGCUUCGGGGAGCUGUGCAGCGGAGACAAUGGCAAAGGCAGGGAGUGGUUCGCCAAAUACGUGAGCGCACAGCGCUGCAAUUCAAAGUGUGUUAGUGAACAGACCUUCUAUCGACUGGUGCAGUCAUUUGCGGUUGUUCUGUUUGAGUGUUACCAGAUGGAUGACUAUGGUCCCGCCAAAAACCUGAUGACAAUGUGCUUCACGUACUAUUACGUUGGCAAGCUCCAGCUGUCCCCCACAGAGCUACUGGAGAGGCCAACAGGAGGUAUCGAUUCGUACCUGCGCAGCGGCAAAGUUUGGCUGUCCGGUACGAAAGACAAGGCCGAACGGCUUCUGAAAAACACCUCGGCCAAGACGGACGUCAAGAGCUUCCUGGGCGGCCUGGAAAGCAAGCUGAGGGGACCUUUGACCCGUAAGAAUGAAGAGGCAGAGAGUCCAGCGGAGGGGAAGCCCAAAACACCAGUGUCUCCCCCACAAUCCCCUGAGGAGAAGAAAGGGGAGAAGAUUUACCUGUACACACACCUGAAGCAGCAGCCCAUCUGGCACACGUUGAGGUUCUGGAACGCUGCGUUUUUUGAUGCUGUUCAUUGUGAGAGGAACAAAAGAUCACCGACUACCAGGCGGACGGCUGAGGAAGAGAAAGAUGAGAGGGAGAAGUGGUGCCAUAUGACUCAAGAGGAGAAAGAGGACAGUUCCAGAUUUAAUGAGAACAUCACCUUCGGACAGCUGGGAACGUUCACUCAUAACAUGCUGGCCUUUGGACUGAGUAAGAAGCUCUGCAAUGAUUUUCUAAAGAAGCAGGCAGUCAUUGGAAAUCUCAACGAAGAGCAGUACAAGUUGCUAAGCGACCACAUUGAGCAGAUGGCUGUGGAGUAAUCGGCACAGAGAAAGACACUACGGCUUCCGCAUCCGUCCCCACUGUUUCAGUUCAGCACCCCACUCAUAACAUAUCCAAUAGAACAUCAGCCUCAGCAAAGCAACACGUCACAACCGGUUCACGUCAGCCAAGGCUGGGCCGCACACAGGUCUGGCCAGAUCUGCUUCAGUUGAGGAGCUUCAAACAACCAAUACAAAUCGAUUUUUCAGUUUUCAGAUCAGUUAAAUUGCUCGAAAACCCACACUGCCUAAUAGAAUGCAUUUCCAGUUCUGAUUCAGGGAGUAAUCCAGGAACACUCGGGUGGUGGUCAGUGUCAGUCAAUGAACUGCAAUACUGUAUCUUUAGAAAGCCGCUUCAAAGCCACAGUGAAACAGUCUAGUCUCACGAUCAGCCAGUAAUCCUGAUAUAUUCGGUGUGGUCCGUCCAGAGCUAAAACUCAGGAGGUAAAUCUAAAAAGACAAACACAGUUUUAAUUUUUGCCAGUAAAGCUACCACUGCAGUUUAGCGCGAGGCAAUGAAUGUCCUUUCACGAGACAUCUCUUACUGAUCGGUUGUGUCGCAUGACCACAUAGUCUUCAGUCAAAAACAGUUUCCAGCAAAGAAUCCGCACUGACCCAACUCAGCUUUGUAUUCACAACGUUAAUACAAUUCUGAUCUGAACGAUGUCAUAUUGGCGCUUCGUUCACGACAGUUCGAGUCAAAGACAUCAAUCCACCGUUAAAUAUUUCUGCUCACUAAGUGUUUUAAGGGGAUGAGUUCCAGGUGUUAAUACACUCUUCUCUCCUUAUUCUCCUUUAUAAGUGGCAAUAGUUUGUCUGUUUAUCAGUGCCCUUCAAAAGAUCCUCAACUCUAACUAAACAUAUCUGCAUAUUCUUCUAUCGUUCUGUUUAUUGUAUUUUGAUACGUGGUUUUUUUUUUCUCCGCCUAACUGCAUUUUUUGGCUAUCAGCGUCUUCCGCGUUUUCUACUGUGUGUUCCCAUUUAUUUACCUUUCUAAUCAGAGUAUUAAUGUUCACACCCUUUGUAAUAAAUGUCCACCCCAGAGAA